AUGGCGGUGGUAAGGUCAAUGUGGUUGGUGAUCGCUGUUGAGGUUGUAAUACUUUCAAUUUGGGUUCCCAGUUCCCAGAGCUCCACUACGCUACCGCAUGUAUUGUGUGGGAUAGAAGGAUAUGAUACAAACAACCUAACCUCAGCGUUAUAUUGGACUUUCAGUCUACCUGGUCAAUGUUACCACAAGGAUAAUUCUACAUCCACAUCUUGCAACUACUAUUUGGCAUUUUGUCAGGAGCUUGAUUCAACAGGUCAGCCAUUUAAUGAAACCUGUGAUGAAGCCGGAGCCUGUCUUCAAGAUAGUAAAGAAGGCUCACAUAACAUUGGAAAUUAUGAUGUACAUAGCAAUCCAUUUAGUGCCAUGGACAAUGGCCUUGGAUUCUAUUAUAGUUUUCCAAGUAAUGACACCGGACAAAAGGAUUGUGAUGUUGCACACACUCUCAUGUAUUUUGUUUGUGGUGAGAAUCCAUGGUUUCCAACUGCUGGUGAACCAUCUGAAAUACCAGGAGAACCUGAAGUAACGUUUUUAAGCAGCUGCGUGUACAAUAUUACAGUGCGCUAUUCAGGAGCAUGUUUACCACCGCAGCCUAUACCAGUUCCGAAGGAUAGCAGUAGCAGUCUUAGUGCGGGCUCCAUACUUCUCAUAAUAUUUAUUCCUGCAAUAGCAUUGUACUUCAUUAUUGGAAUUCUAAUUAAUAAAAUCCAAGGUCACCAAGGAGUGGAGCUUCUACCGCAUCAUGAAUUUUGGACAAGUCUUCCAGAAUAUAUCAGUGAUGGCAUCAAGUAUGCAUGGGAAUGUGUCACAUGUCAAAGGAAGAAGGAAGAAGGAUACGAAUCCAUCUAAGAAAAGGGUGAACAAAAACUUAAUCGUUGAUGUAAUCAUGAUCGACCCAAAGAAUGUUGAUGUUUUUUGUACACAUUUUUUACUCGUACUUUAUUCACACAUUAUUCAUACACUGGUGAGUAUGAGUACUUCUAGGAGUUUGUUUCGGUACAUAAAAACAUUAAUAUCACAUGGAUGUGCACUUAAUUCAACAUAUCAGUGAUUUUAAUGUAUCACGUCGCCAUAAUAAUAAUCAAUCAAAAAGUGUAAUGCCAUAAUUUAAAGAAUGAAGAGUUUUCAGUCAAACUCUUAGUUUUGUUUUUUGAAAUAAUGUGCUUAAAAUAACAUAAAAAUUAACAUUAUUUCAGAUUAUCGUAUUCACUUCAAAAUAUUCGCUCUAAUAGAAGCGCACAUAAACUAUGUAUACAGGAUCAUUAACCCUUUAAUAUUUGACGCUUUAAGCAACAAAGUCAACUUUUGUCAUCUAACAGAAAAUAAACCUCCAUGCAAGGCACA